AUGAAAGAAGGGUAUACUUUACCAAACACCAAAAUGUCUGCCUCUGAACUUGCUACAAGUUACUCCGCUCUCAUCUUGGCUGACGAGGGUAUUGAGAUUUCCUCUGACAAGCUUUUGGCUUUGACCAAGGCUGCCAAUGUCGAAGUUGAACCCAUCUGGGCUACCAUUUUCGCUAAGGCUCUUGAGGGCAAGGACUUGAAGGAACUCCUCUUGAACAUUGGAUCCGGUGCCGGUGCUGCCGCCCCUGCUGCUGCCGCUGCUCCUGCUGGUGAAGCUCCUGUCGAGGAGAAGAAGGAAGAGGCCAAGGCCGAAGAAGAAUCAGACGAAGAUAUGGGAUUCGGUUUGUUUGAUUAA